AUGGUGGCGGCAUUCCAGCUACUUGUUCGGUUAUUAGCUGCGUUGGUGGUGGUGAGCUUCAGUGCACCCUCCGAAGCGUUCUCGGCACUUCUUUCAAAGACAUGGCCUCAGAGCAGUGGCUUGCCUUUCCAGGGACGAAGGCAUCAAGGUCUUCCCCAGCCUCGAAGGCUCAACGUUGGCCACAAGACGCCUGUGCUUCUUCAGUCAUCGUCUAUUGUUGACGAUGAUUCUGACUUGAAUCGUUGGACUCCCCUGACUCUCCAAGAGAAACUUCGGCUACCAAUCCAACUUGUUUUGAGCAUCUACUUUUUGCUGCUUCUACCCUCUGGUUUAGCCAUAAAUAAGCUCUGUGGCGCAUGCGUCCUUUCCACAAUCCCCUACGAGUACAUUGCUUUUUUUGGUUCAUUAGUGGUCCCUCGAUCCUUUCGAUUUGGAAAAUUCGCCAAAGCCAACACUGACAAGUCAACCAAGAAGCGCUCUACUUCCAUCCAAUCCUUGCUCCUCUUCAUUUUGUCUUUGGUGGGAUCUCAUUGGUUUGCAACGUACCAAUUUGCGCGGAAGAACGUAAAUUCCAAUGCAUCAUUCUUUGCCCCCAGGACUUGUCUCGCGCUACGACUGUUGGCAUUGACACUCGUGGGAUGCUCGGGUUGGGAGUUGGGCAAAUCCUAUGAUCGAGUGGCCCAACCAGACGAGUUGAUUACCACGGGUCCCUACCGUGUUGUUCGCCAUCCAAUCUACACCGCCUACCUCCUCUUGUUCAGCUCGACUCUCCUCACUUUGAGAGCGCCUGUCGCGUGUGGGUUGAUGCUCGGUGCAGCAAUGUACUUCUAUUGGGGUAGAAUGCAAUCCGAAGAAGGGCUAUUGGAAGAGUGCUUUGGGGACGAUUAUGUGGAAUAUAAAGCCAGGGCCAAGUGGCGCUUAUUUCCCUUUUUGCUCUAG